AUGAUUCCCAGCCCUAGCUGGCGCGCCCUGGCGCUAGUCAUUGCUACGCUCGCGCCUGCGACCCACGCUAAUAUUUGCUCGACGCUCGAGCAAGCUGGGAUUGAUAUCGAGUACCCCCUAACGCUGGAUUAUUCGAGUGAUCUGACCAAGUACUGGUCAGCAGCAUGCGGCGAUCUGAAGCCAACGUGCAUUGCGGCCCCAGCUAGUGCCGAAGAAAUGUCGCAUGUCAUCACCGAGUUGCAUAAUUUCGAUACGCUCUUUGCCGUCAAGUCUGGGGGACACAUGCCUAACAAUGGUUUCGCCAGUAUUCAGGAUGGUCUGCUUGUUUCGACGAAGAACCUUGACCAGGUUUUCUACAACCCCGACGAUGAAACUGCGGUCAUUGGACCCGGUCUGUCCUGGGAGGAUGCGCAGAAGGGUUUGGAUGGUACCGGCCGUGCUGUUGUCGGUGGCCGGCUUGGCGGUGUUGGUAUUGGAGGAUACAUGCUCGGAUGCGGGAUGAGCUUCUUGAGUACCCAGUACGGAUGGGCUGCGAAUAAUGUGGCCAACUACCAGGUCGUUCUGGCCAACGGCACAAUUGUUGAUGCUAAUGAGAAAGAGAAUGUCGAUCUUUACCACUCAUUGAAAGGUGGUGGCAACAACCUCGGUGUUGUCACCGCAUACACUAUGCAGACACAUCCUAUCGGUCAGGUCUGGGGCGGCAACUACGUCUUCACUGCCGACAAGACUCCCAAGGUGUUGGAGGCUCUGCGAAACUUUGUUGACGACUAUCCGGAUGAGAAGGCUGCCAUUAUUUUGACCUCCGAGCGUGGGGCAAUCAUCGACUUCUGGAUCAUGUUCCUCUUCUACGAUGGGCCUGAGCCUCCGGUGGGUGUGUUCGAUGAAUUCACUGCGAUUGCUCACACCUCCACGGCCAAGACCUGGAAUAGCUACUAUGACCUAUUGAAGAACAAUGAUUUCUUCAUCCUCCAUGGCCAACGCUACACAAUUGCCACCGAAACCACUCCCGACUAUUACGACCACUGGUACAAUGUGACCGGGUCUAUCCUCGAAGUCCCUGGAGUGCUUGGGUCGAUCGCCUUCCAGCCAGUGCCGAAGAUUUUCUCUCAGAAAGCCGUUGAGCGCGGUGGUGAUCUUCUCUCCGUCCCAACCGACACAAACUACAUUUUCAUCGAGCUAGACUUUUCAUAUACCUUUGCCGCAGACGACGAGAAGAUCGAUCAAGCCAACCAAAACUUGUACGGUGGCAUGGGCAAUCUGGUACAAAAAAACAUUGACGAGGGUCUUCUUCCGGACGUCUACCGACCGAUUUUCAUGAAUGAUGCCUACUUCCGACAGGACUACUGGGGCCGUAUCAAGCCCGAGUCUAAGCAGUAUGCGCUUGAAGCUCGCUUGCGCUAUGAUCCUGAUGGAUUCUUCCAGAAGCGGACUAGUGGUGGGUGGCGUCUCGAGGAGUAG